ACCGUACCCGGCCGCCGUCCUUUUAGCGCCUGCGCACUGUGGGCGGAGGGGAGCUGAUGGCGGCGGCGGGGCUGUCAGGUGUCCGCUGGCUGCGGGCGGCGGCCUUGCUGCGGGCGGCGGGGGGCCGGGCAGCCCCGCUGGGGGCCCGAGCAGCUUCGGGCUUGCCCAAGCACUUGAUGCCUGGACCUUACCCCAAGACCCCAGAGGAAAGGGCAGCUGCUGCUAAGAAAUACAAUAUGAGGGUGGAGGACUAUGAGCCACAUCCGGAUGAUGGCAUGGGGUAUGGUGAUUAUCCCAAACUUCCUGACCGAUCUCAUCAUGAGAGAGACCCCUGGUAUCAGUGGGACUACCCCGGUCUGAGACAAAACUGGGGAGAGCCGAUGCACUGGCACUUUGACAUGUUUCUCCGGACCCGUGUUGACACGUCCCCCACUGUGGUACCCUGGCACACCAUGCGCAAUCAGUUCUUCUUCUUUAUUGGCUUCAUGCUGUUUAUGUUCUGGCUUGGAGAAAUGUACCCAUCCUACAUGCCUGUGGGACCGAAGCAAUAUCCCUACAAUAACCUGUACCUGGAGCGAGGGGGCGAUCCCAGCAAAGAGCCCCCAGAGGUGAAGAACUAUGAAAUCUGAAAGAUGCAUGGAAAUGUAGCUCUUCUCCUGGGACAUUUACUCUGGGGGUCCUCCAGAAUGUUCACUGCAGGAUGCACUAAACACUUGUUCUCUAAGACAUUUACUCUUAAUGAAAUAUAUUGUGAAAA